AACAUUAUCUUCAAAUGUAAGGCUACAAUUUUAUUUCCUUAAAGAUAACAAGAUGGUCCCAUAUACAAGCUUUUCUCCAUGAAUCCAAAAAAAAUGGAGGCUCCUACUGAAAAUGAAUUGGAAAUCCUCAAGGCAGUGGCACAAGCUAGGCAAGGCCGAGCUGGAAAUAGCCCGAGGUCUACAAGUGAAUUUGAUGCCCAUCGACUGAAGUUCACACCAAAGCCAUCGCGGUUUCGAAUAGAGGCAAUGAAAUCAAAGGGUAGAGAAUGGAGAACAAUGAUUUCGCGUAAUUGGGAUUUCGGGCAGUCACUUUUGGAUUCUCACGAGAUUGUGGCGGUCUCAAAGAGGAUAGAACAAGAAGGGUUGGUGCUCGAAAAGGAAAUCGAAAAGGAUAUUGGUCGGAACGGGAGGAAGAACAAGAGAGGAGAAAGCAAGAACAGCUUGAGGAAUUUGUUCAAUCGUGUGUCUUCUAGGUGGUAUAAUAAUAAUAAUGAUAAUGAUGUUACAAUGGGGUAUGAAUCUGAUUGAUUGAUUUAUGAUAACUCCAUUUCUUUCUUCAUCUUCUAUUAAUUUUUACCAAAAAAGAAAGAUGAAUCUUUUUGGAUUUAUAAAUUUCAAAAGUUUGUUGUAUAGUGGUUUUAAACUCUAUACUUAAUGGGAAAUAAAAGGAAUAUCUGGUCUUGA